GGGAAAAGCGAGAAAUGGCGACACCGAUCGCCGGCUCCCGGCCCGCCCUCCCCGUGAAGGGGCUAAUGACCGCGGACAGAAGACGCAGGGCCCUGGAAGUGUGUGGCAUGCACCCUGACCAUCAGGAAGCUCUGAAAAAGAACCGAGUGAUGCUGGCCAAACAGCUGUUGCUGAGUGAACUGUUAGAACAUCUCCUGGAGAAAGACAUCAUCACCUUGGAAAUGAGGGAGCACAUUCAGGCCAAAGUGGGCAGUUUCAGCCAGAAUGUGGAACUUCUCAACUUGCUGCCCAAAAGGGGUCCCCAGGCUUUUGAUGCCUUCUGUGCGGCCCUGAGGGAGACCAAGCAGGGCCACCUGGAGGAUCUGUUGCUCUCCACCCUCUCGGGUCUUCAGCACGUACUCCCACCGUUGAGCCAUGACUACGACUUGAGUCUGUCUCUCCCGGUGUGUGAGUCCUAUCCCCCUCACAAGAAGCUCCGCCUGUCUGUAGAGACUGUGGAACACUCCCUAGACAACAGAGACGGCCCACACUGCCUUCAGGUGAAGCCUUGCACUCCUGAGUUCUAUCAGAUGCACUACCAGCUGGCCUAUCGGUUGCAGUCUCGGCCUCGAGGCCUCGCACUGGUCCUUAGCAACGUGCACUUCACUGGAGAGAAGGACCUGGACUUCCGCUCUGGAGGGGACGUGGACCACAGCAGUCUGGUCACCCUCUUCAAACUCUUGGGCUACAAGGUCCAUCUUCUACUCAACCAGACUACACAGGACAUGCAAGAGAAGCUCCAGAGUUUCGCCCAGUUGCCGGCCCACCGAGUCACCGACUCCUGCAUCGUGGCCCUCCUCUCUCACGGCGUGGAAGGCGGCGUCUAUGGUGUGGACGGCAAGGUGCUGCAGCUACAAGAGGUUUUCCGGCUCUUUGACAAUGCCAACUGCCCGAGCCUGCAGAACAAGCCGAAAAUGUUCUUCAUCCAGGCCUGCCGUGGAGAUGAGACGGAUCGUGGAGUUGACCAGCAGGACGGAAAGGACCGUUGCCCAUCCCCUGAGCGUGAGGCGAGCGACACUGGCACGCAGGAGUUGCUGAAGACGCGGCUGCCCACGCGCUCGGACAUGAUCUGUGGCUAUGCCUGCCUCAGAGGGACUGCUGCCAUGCGGAACACCAAACGGGGCUCCUGGUACGUGGAGGCCCUCACUCAAGUCUUCUGUGAGCGCGCUUGCGACAUGCACGUGGCCGACAUGCUUGUCGAGGUGAACAGACUUAUCAAGGAGCGUGAGGGCUACGCCCCUGGCACGGAGUUCCACCGCUGCAAGGAGAUGUCAGAGUACUGCAGCACCCUGUGCCAGCACCUCUAUCUGUUCCCAGGACACCCUCCCACGUGACGCCACCGCCGGGCAGCAGGGGGCGUGCGGAAGCCUUGGCAGCAUUACACUGUCUGUUCUCCCCCUCGGGCACUGUGCGUUUCUGGGCUGAUCCGCAGCCUGCCAUCUUUGCCAAGGGGUCCAGACCCCGGGACCGCAGGCUGGCUCUCUCCUGGGGGUCGGCCCUAGCUGGACUGGUCGCUAGCAGCCUUUGGCUGGCAACAGAUACUGUGAGCACUGCGUGUUUAUGCGGAGAGCAUGCGGGUCUCCUGGACCUGAGCUCACUUCCUGCCGGGGCUUUUGUAGGUAACACUGGUCAUCGCUUUGAUUGCUUCAGUGACGAUGUCGCAGAGGUCAUCUGUCUUUCAUAUCCCAGCCCCACAUGUCCCAGAGGAGAGUUUGGAAGGACGCACAGGACCAGGGACACACUGCUGCUGUGUGUGGGAUGACCUGUGCAUUCCUGUGGUGCAGCAAGGCCACCCCUGCAAGGACCGUCUUCCUGGUGCCCCUCUGGGCCCCUUGGGACUCAAGGAAUCCGGCUCUCACAGAGGUUAGGGGCAGAUGCCUUGUAUCUGGAACUUGUUGGUCUGCACGGGGAAGGCCCAAAGAUCUCUUCUCUUCCACUGGAAGGAGCUGGCAGAGAGCCAGCAGAGGCAGGUGAGGGUGGCAUGCUCCCUCGGGUUCUCGCCGGCCACCUUCUCUCCCUCCUAGGAAAUGUCCCUCCUGUAGAGCUUCCCAGUUAUCUCCCUGUUUCCUGUCCCCUCCCCGUCGCUCAUCCCCGUUACUGCUGCCUCCAGAUCUGUCCGAAAUACUACGUAGUCGGAUCACCUGGCUGCCCGAGGAGGUCAUGUACCUGCUCCUGCUUUCGGUGUCGGUGUUACAGCCGCCUUGACGACACGGCUCGUUCCCUUCCCCCGUGUCUGCUCAGGGAGGCCUUGCUGUGGGGCUACACCUGUUCGUUUCCCUGGGAGCUGUCUUCGUCUGUGCUUACAGGCCUCUGACCUCACUUUUGUCCCCUCCAAUCUGUCUGGAUGACAGAUUUUAGUUUUUAAAUAUCAAUCUGGUUCUGUCACUCCCCUGCUUGGGACCCUUUGAUUUCUUAUUACACCUUAAAUAAAAUCCAAACUCCUUCCCUUGGCUACAAGCCCCACCUGUCCUUUGAGACUUCUUAAGUGCUGCUUUGUCUCUAAGUGACAGCCCAGUGGCUCCCUCCAAUGCAGAUGUUCCGAGCUUCCCUGUCGUGAACCAUGACAGACACUCGGAGUCGACUGAGCACCACUCACCUGGAUUGGGUGGUUUAUCUUCAAGGCUCGGCAUCCGUGGCACGGGUGGAGGCCUCCUCGGCUGUUCUAUCCCUAAAUGACCUGUGUUCAUUACUGUCCUGUUUAAUUCUCUCAUUGUACUUUUCAUAACCUGUAAUAUAUUUACUUGCUUCCCUUGUUCAUCUCUGUCUCCUUCACGCGGGCAAGAGCUUUGUCUCGUGUUGACCAAUAUGUACCCAGUGCCUGGCACGUGUUGGGGCUCCAGUACAUGUUGAAGGAGCAGCCCUAGCUAGAAGCCUACUUUUUGACAGCAGACAGACAGUUUGGUAUUUGUACUCUGUAUUUUUCAUGUAUCAACCCUGAAGACAUGUCAGGUGUGAAACAGCUUCCUCCACAUCUCCCUCAAAGCCUGACAGCGCUCGGCCCGUGUAAUAGUUCAGGUGCUCAGUGAAGAGGCGUCCUGUGAGCCAGGUGGUUGGGAGACUCAUGACCAAGCCCUGCCUGCCCUGGAUCAGUAUUGCGUGGAAGUAUUUGGGUGACAGAACCUUUCCACUUCCCAUUGCCAGGACGUUGUGUUGCCAUCAGGUGCCAAAUAAAUGCUCCUAUU